GUUUCAGUGACUGUGUUCGUCGUAUUUGGUUCAGCACAGGGACCUUGCAUCCUGAACGUGAAACUACCAAGUUCACAACGUGUUUGAUUUUCUUAACAUCCACUGUAUAAAUGCGCAGGGUCGUGGAGACAAGACAAGACAUAUUUGAGGACUAAACGAUCCGGCGCAAAGGAUGGCGCGGUGUUGCAGAAGCAGAUCCGUGUGGCCGGCUGGGAUGGGUCCGAGGGGCGAGCUGCCCGCGUGAAGGGGGAGGGGAACAGCGGAUCGGCAGGGUCCCGGCCUGGGCCCCUGUGAACGCGGCGACGCCAUGAACCAGCUCGCUCUGUGAAACCCCCGCCCCCCCCCUCUCUCCAUUCCUCGCACGCUCCCCCUCCCCCACCCCCCCCCCAAACGCACAGAGAAGCCCGUGCUCGGGGCCCACGCCCCCCCCCCGUCCCGUCCCCCCCCGCCGCCAUGGGCUCGGUGUACCUGUGGAAGCUCUCCUCCCAGAAGCUGGGCUUCUUCCUGGUGAGCUUCGGCUUCAUCUGGGGCAUGAUGCUGCUGCACUUCACCAUCCAGCAGCGGGCGGCCCACGAGAGCAGCGCCGCCCUGCGCCAGCAGAUCCUGGACCUCAGCAAGCGCUACAUCCGGGCCCUGGCCCAGGAGAACCAGAACGUGAUGGACGGGCCCUACGUGGGGACCAUGACCGCGUACGACCUGAAAAAGACCCUGGCCGUGCUCCUGGACAACAUCCUGCUGAGGCUGGGCAAGCUGGAGACCAAGGUGGACAACAUCAUCUACAACGGCACGGGCGGCAACCUGACCAACGGGACCGGCGGCGGCGGCAGCACCACCGCGCCCGGUCCCGGGAACAGCGAGAAGGUCAACGUGGCAGACCUCCUGAACGGCGCCCAGGAGAAGUGCGACCUUCCCGCCAUGGACGGCUUUCCCCACUGCGAGGGCAAACUGAAGUGGAUGAAAGACAUGUGGAAGUCAGACCCGUGUUACAGCAGCUAUGGUGUGGACGGCUCGACCUGCUCCUUCUUCAUCUACCUGAGCGAGGUGGAGAACUGGUGUCCGCGCCUGCCGUGGAGAGCCAAGAACUUCAACGAGGAGGCCGACAGGAAAGGCCAGACGGAGAUCCGGACCGGCUUCGAGGAGCUGUACCGGGUCAUGUCCCGGCGGGAGGAGUUUCGCUGGAUGAUGUUGCGGAUCCAGCGCAUGGCAGAGCUUUGGGUCGGCGCCGUCCGCUCGCUCGCCGCCAGAGCAGCAAGCCAGCCAAAGAAGAGGUCACGUAUCCUGGUGCACCUGGGCCUGCUGACCAAGGAGUCGGGGUUCAAGAUCGCGGAGAACGCCUUCAGCGGGGGUCCCCUGGGGGAGCUGGUGCAGUGGAGCGACCUCAUCACCACCCUCUACCUGCUGGGUCACGACGUGCGAAUCUCCGCCUCGCUGGCCGAGCUCAAAGAGAUCAUGAGGAAAGUGAUGGGGAACAAGUCCAGCUGCCCCACCCAGGGGGACAAGGUGGUGGAGCUCAUCUACAUCGACAUUGUGGGCCUGACCCAGUUCAAGAAAACCCUUGGACCCUCCUGGGUGCACUACCAGUGUAUGCUACGGGUGUUGGAUUCCUUUGGCACCGAACCAGAGUUCAACCAUGCCCACUACGCCCAGUCAAAGGGACACAAGACCCCCUGGGGCAAGUGGAACCUCAACCCCCAGCAGUUCAACACCAUGUUCCCUCACACUCCGGACAACAGCUUCUUGGGGUUCGUGGUCGAGCAGCACCUGAACGCCAGCGACAUCCGACACAUCGACGACAUCAAGCGACAGAACCAGUCUCUGGUCUACGGGAAGGUGGACAACUUCUGGAAGGACAAGAGGAAGUACCUGGACAUUAUCCACAGCUACACGGAGGUACACGGCACAGUGCAUGGGACCAGCACCGUCCACCUGCCCGCCUACGUCAAGAACCAUGGCAUCCUGAGUGGCCGCGACCUUCAGUUUCUGCUGAGGGAGACGAAGCUGUUCGUGGGACUGUCCUUCCCGUACGAAGGGCCCGCCCCACUGGAGGCCAUCGCCAACGGCUGCGCCUUCCUCAACCCCAAGUUCACCCCCCCGAAAAGCAGCAAGAACACCGACUUCUUCAAAGGGAAGCCCACGCUCAGAGAGCUGACCUCCCAGCACCCCUACGCUGAGGUGUACAUCGGCCAGCCUCACGUGUGGACCGUCAACAUCGACAACGCCGCAGAAGUGGACAGAGCCGUCAGAUCCAUCCUCGGCCAGAAGAUUGAGCCCUACCUGCCUUACGAGUUCACCUGUGAGGGGAUGCUGCAGAGGGUCAACGCUUUCAUCGAGAACCAGGACUUCUGCCACGGCCAGGUGAUGUGGCCCCCACUGAGCGCGCUCCAGGUGAAGCUGGCUGAGCCGGGGAAGUCCUGCAAGCAGGUGUGCCAGGAAGAGCAGCUGAUCUGUGAGCCCUCUUUCUUCCAGCACCUCAACAAGGACAAAGACCUGGCCAGGUUCGGGGUGGAGUGCCGCACGGCGGAGUCGUCGAGCGACACGGUGGUGCCGGCGGUGGGCGCGGCGCGCGGGCACUGCGUGUUCCAGGCGGACCUGCUGCUCUUCAGCUGCGCGGGCGCGCACCCGUCCCUGCAGCGCGUCUGCCCCUGCAGGGACUACAUGAAGGGCCAGGUGGCGCUGUGCAAGGGCUGCCUAUAGCGGCCUGCUCCCCGCUCCUCCCGCCUGGACUCCUCCCCGCCCCGCCCCGCCCCCCCGCCCCGAGCCAGGAGAGGCGCGUGUUGGACGAGCCGAAACCGCCAGAGCUCGGCGGUUUUAUCACCGCUAGCCCCCGCUAGCCCCGCUAGCCCCGCUAGCCCCCGCUAGCCCCCACUAGCCCCAAACUCACGCGCACUGGGAGCAGGUCGGGUCUGUGGGGAGAAACCGCCGUUAUUUAUUUAUUUUUUGGAGGGGGGGGGGCAGACCUCGUGGAAUGUUUGCUUUUUUUUUUUUUUUUUGGAGCGGGCAGUUCUGAAGACGGGGCCUGUUUUAAAAUGAAUGGCGGGCGGGGGUUGGGAGGAGCUGUUUGGAAACAGAGAGGAGGAGGCGCGGUGUGUACCUCACAGCUAAGCUGUGUAUAAAGGUGGCGGGACUCCAAACCAACGAGCGUGGCGAGGAGUCUGAAUGGCUCUGGCGCCCCCUGCAUGCUGGCAGUGGUGCUGCAGCGCAAAUUUCCAAACCCAGCCUGUUCUCGUGUCCCUCAUCCCAUAGACCACAUCCCACAGUGGGACCGAUCCCCCAGGUGACAGGACAGGUUUAGGGAAGCCCGCCCGGAUGCCCGCGCCACUGUGGACUGCUCCCACCCACCUGACGUCCGAACAUUUGUACAUCCGUGUUUGCACUAGCACGUUGUGCGGGAGUCUACACAGAUCGGAGGCUGGCCCAGCGAAGAAUGGCAGCGAAUUUGGGUGCACCCCGAUUCUCUUCUACACCGUCUAAUCUACAGUGCUGCCUUUUAUUGCCAGCAACAGGUAAGAGGACAGAAGACGGAAGAAUAGUUGUUUUUUUUUGUUUGUUUUUUUUUACACCCAGAAGUAGAAUUCACUUUAUAUGACAAACUGUACGCAGUCAUUGUGGCCAUCUUCACACUCUGUCGUCAUCUCAGUCAGAAGAGCUUGGCGGUUGGAAAGGUCAAGCACUGUCCAAUCGUCCCCCUCCUCCACAUUUAGCCGGUCACGGCCAGUCAGACACAAUGGGGCAUUAUGGGAAAAAAAAGGGUAUACGUCUUUUAAAGGUCAAGAUGCUUUAUUUGGGGUUUUGUAUCCGAAGGAUCUGAUUUCAAUGUUAUGUUCCAUUCCUGAAGUUAAUUGCUAGUAUACUGCACUGUAAUGAACCCCAGCGCAGAUUCCCACAGCAGUGAGCACUGCACCUGGAAGUUUGAUUGUAAGUGAAACAGAUACGGUGCAAAGGAAAAUCUACAGGCGAAAGGCCAUUUGUUCUAAAUUCAAGGAGAGAUGUAAGAAGUAAAAAAAAAAAGAAACUGACUCCAACAGAUGUUGCACACGUUAUUGGCUUUUGCCGCAGUAUCUGUUAAUAAAAUAGCACGAUUAGAAUUUAUAGAUUUGGAAUAUUUAUACAUAUAGACAUGUGUAUCUAUAUUUAUUUAUAUGAGUGAAUAAGUAUAUUAAUAAAUAUAGAAGUGCAAAAUGCUAGCACAUGUAUGGAUGUGUGUGAUAGUUAUGUACAGAGUGUGAAGACUAGGAUAUAUUGAUUGGAUCACUAAUCGGUUGUUUUAGCAAUCAUUUGCAUUAUUAUUCUCUCAUUUUGCCUGCAGAAUUAAAUCAAACACUUUAAAGAUAGUCUAAAUGUUGUGAAUAAAAUGCACUAUGUUAACAUAUUUGUUGAAGCAUAACAAAUUUAACAACAAUGUAUAUUGUUCAUAUGAAGUUUUAAUUCUUUUUUAAUUUAUUUUGUAUACAGAUCUUUAUUUGUGUUGCAGUUUUCUGAAAGAAAUGGUGCAUUUGUGUUCUUUUUUAAUUUAUGAAACAGAAGGGAGAUUUACUUCUUUUUUUUUUUUAAGAAAAGGUUAUUUAAAAAUAAUGUAAAUGUUUAUAAAAAUGUAUAUUCAAGUGAGGUGUGGCAGGUGGACUAGUUUGUCCAGAGAAGAUCGGGUCAGUGUCUGUGGUGAGAGAUGUGGAGUACUCUUAACCCUGAGAUACCCUCAGGCAUUCUAAAAACAAAAUUUAUUUGCCAUUCAGUCUAGAACAACAUUUCCCAGGCCCUAUAUUUUAGCAACACUUGAAGUGAAACACGUUCAGCGGUUGCUGAAAAUAUCUAGAGAACACACAACAUAGGCUUGAAAAUACAUCGAUGUCUGGGUCUCACAGGGUUAAAGAAUGAGUCCAGCAUUCACAGUGAGGCUGCUAAAUUUCACUGAACUGAAGUGCCUGCAGAGGACAGCAUACAAAAAGUGAACAUUCUCAUUUGGCAUUAGAGGAGGGCACCAAUGUGCCAUUUUAUGAAGCCAGACAGCAGCAGGUGCCCUUGCAUGCCAUCAUGCAGUGUGACUAACUACACAGCUCACAGUAUUCGGUUCCCAUGACAUUCCCUGAAUCGUAGGAAUUUUAAACAACUUAAAUGUCUGGUUUGCUGGAAAACCCUUGACUGCUAUUUUCACGCCACACCGAUCAUCAGUGCAGGAAUGGUAUUGGAGCAUUACUGGAUUUCAAAUACAAUUCUAUUCCAUCUAUUUUUUUUUUAAAUGUAUUGGAAGUACAGGUGGCCAUUCGUGUUAAUUUUAACUUGCAAGUAAACAACGUUCAACUAAUCUGGCUUUACAGUACAUUCAGAACAUUUUAAAAGCGUUGUUGACGUCUUGCGUGGUAUUGAGCACGCCUCGAAAUCUUUUGUGACUUUGACGAAAACUCCUGGAUCCAUCUUGUGACCAAAAAGGAACCGUUGUGGUACAGUAGCUGCCCUGAUACUGCAGUUGCUUUCAUCAGUGUCUUCUCUGCAGCUGUCAGUGGACAAACGGGACACACCUGCACACUCCACUUUAUUCUCAAUGCCAGCAACAACCUCAUGUCUGUGUUCUGCUACUCAUUUGUAAAAAGCAAAUUCAUUUGCACAUGUGUAAAUAUGGAGCCCAUAUCCUGUAGAGUGUCUACUCUUUGAGUUUUAUAGUUCUUGAUUGUAAUGUUUGUAAAUAUGAGAAUUAUUCAGCAGCCAAGCUACCAUUUCUAAGUACAAGAUGUGCCUUUUUAAUGGUUAGUAGACCUGCUUAAUUUAUCUAUCCAUGAAGAACAUACUGCCUGGGAAAUUAUAGGCAACUGGUCCUCAAACAUCUGAAGGGUUUGAUUAAAAAAAAAAUUAUAAUUUUUUAGACAAGUGAUCAAGACCAAUUAAUUUAGCAGCAGUGAUUGUGAAAAUAUUUGUUUAAUGGUCACGAAGUGGCCACAGGAGUUCAGUACCUACUCAUAUUUAAAUGUUUGCUGUUUCGUAAACGCAGUUAGUGUGUUCACUUCCUGUUCUGGGAAAGGAUAAACAAGAGAUCAAAUCUCCAUCUCAUGGCUUACUUGGGUUUGACAGUUUUGACAGUUUAGGCACUAAAGUUUUGAAAAGGAUUUUAAUUUGUAGUUUGUCAUGCCUCACUGCAUUACUCAAACAUUAGUUUCGGGGGGGGGGGAAAUUAUUUUUAUUCAAACUGUAGGAUGACAGGAAGAAAACUUUCAUGCGCUAAUUUUGCUAAUGUUUUCAGUGGCAUCAACCUAAGGUUUCUGUCCAUGUAAUUUGUUGAAAAUUGUUUGUUUCAUGUUCCCUGUAGCAGAGUGUGGAAGUGGGUAAAAAAAAUGCAGUAACUCAAACAGCUUUGUAAAAAAUUUCCACUCGAGUGACAAGAAAGAAAAGAUUUGCUGGCACUGCUCUUGAUGAAUAAGCAGGAUAGAACUUUAUUUUUCAAUAAACCUUUUUUCCUGUGACAAGUA